AACGGGAUAGCAAAAAUUAUUGAAUCUAAACACAAAAGAAACAGAUAACGGAUUUCACCCGGCGGGAAUGUGAAGUGAAAAGCAUUGAGAUCAUACUGUUACAGAUUAGAUUCUCGCAAGUUGAACUUGAAGCUUGCUUGCUUGGCAGAGCAUCUUUGGCGGGAGGUAACAAUACGCCCGAAAGUUGCGUCUUGUGAACAACUACAGCAGUUACCAUAUUUGUUAUUAUUAUUUCCUCAUCCACUACAACACACACACAGUCUUUGGUCUUUGCUCCGUCGUUCCCAACACUGCCCAUUCAUCGCCACCGCCACCUCCGCAUCGCGUCUUGUUUCUCUCUGUAUACUCCACAAACCCUAACUCUCUUUUCCAAACACACAACUUAAAGAAAAUCGAGUAAAUCGCCAUGAAAGUACCAGAAGACGACCCUAUCAGUCUCUCAAAUCAGCUUAUACUUUCUCUUCUAGAUGAAAUCCCACAAGUACAGACUUUUAAAGGCAAAUGGUCUCUUAUCAAAACUAAACUUACCGAUCUCCAGACUCAACUCACUGAUUUCAACGACUUUCCUUCUUCUUCUUCCAUUUCUACCCCUCUCUGCCUCGACCUUCUCCACUCCAUUUCGCAUUCUUUAAACGACGCUCUUCUCUUAGCUAAAAAAUGCCAAACACCUAAUUUGACCGAAGGUAAACUCAAAACUCAAAGCGACGUUGAUUCAAUUUUAGCCAAGUUAGAUCGACACGUGAAGGACUCUGAGAUUUUAAUUAGAAGUGGUGUUCUCCAAGACGGUGCUGUUUCUACUGGUGCUUCUUCAAAGAGAGAAGCAGUUCGGGCUGAGUCCAGAAACUUGAUAACUCGGUUGCAGAUUGGAAGCAGUGAGUCGAAGAACUCAGCUAUGGACUCUUUACUCCUCUUGCUUUUCGAGGACGAUAAGAAUGUAAUGAUUGCUGUAGCACAGGGCGUUGUUCCUGUGCUCGUUAAAUUACUCGAUUCAAGCUCUUUGGAAAUGAAAGAGAAGACUGUCACUGCAAUUUCUAGGGUUUCAAUGGUGGACACUAGUAAGCAUGUUUUAAUUGCAGAGGGUUUACUACUUCUGAAUCAUUUACUUCGUGUUUUAGAGUCAGGUAGUGGUUAUGCGAAGGAAAAAGCCUGUGUUGCCCUUCAAGCUUUAAGCUUUUCAAAGGAGAACGCAAGGGCAAUUGGGUCUAGAGGUGGGAUUUCUUCGCUAUUAGAGAUUUGCCAGGCUGGUACACCCGGUUCACAGGCUUUCGCUGCUGGUGUAUUGAGAAACUUAGCUGCUUUUGAAGAAAUUAGAGAGAAUUUUAUUGAGGAAAAUGCAGUAUUUGUUCUUAUUGGACUUGCAGCUUCGGGGACUGCUUUAGCUCAAGAAAAUGUAAUUGGGUGUUUGUGUAAUUUAGCGAAAGAUGAUGAAAGUUCGAAGAUUUUGAUUGUAAAGGAAGGGGGCAUUGAGUGUUUGAGAAAUUUCUGGAUUUCAGGUCCACCUGUUAGGAGUCUUGAAGUUGCUGUCGAUUUAUUAAGCCAUCUGGCUUCUAAUCAAGCUAUUGCAGAAGUGAUUGUUUCUGAUGAGUCUAUAAUUGCAAGGCUUGUAGCAGUGUUGGAUUGUGGAGUUUUGGGUGUGAGAAUUGCAGCUGCUAGAGCUGUUUAUGAGCUUGCUUCUAACACAAAAACAAGAAAGGAAAUAGGUGAAUUUGGAAUAAUCGUUCCACUGAUUAAAAUGUUAGAUGGCAAGGCUGUUGAAGAGAAGGAAGCAGCAGCUAAAGCAUUGUCAAAUCUUGUACUGUAUGCUGGUAAUAGGAGAAUUUUCAGAAAGGAUGAAAGAGGGAUAAUAAGUGCAGUUCAGUUAUUAGAUCCUUUGUUACGGAAUUUGGAUAAGCAAUACACUGUUUCAUUAUUGGCUUCGCUUGUGCAUUCUAAAAAAUGCAGAAAACAGAUGAUCGCGGCAGGUGCAUCUGUGCACUUGAAGAAACUUGUUGAGAUGGAUGUAGAAGGAGCAAAGAAGCUCUUGGAUGGUCUUGGCCGGGGUAAAAUUUGGGGCGUUUUUGCUAGGCCAUAGAAGCCGCCUGUAGAAUUCUUGAAUUGGUGCAUCACAGGAACAUGGAUUCAAAAGAUGAUUUGUUCAUCUAAUGGGUUCUGAAGGCAUAUUCUAUUGAGCAUUUAGUGUUUUCUUGGGCUCCAUUGCAAACUUCUGCAGAUGGGUUAACCUUUUGGAAAUUCUGCUAUUCACUCACUCCAUUGCCCGAAUUACCUUCUCAAAUGAAUCACUGUCAGUCUCAGUAAAGAAUUUUGUCCGGCAUUUCUGGCUGUUAUAUAGAGGUAUCUUCAUUGAUAUUUAUAUAUGCUAGGGUGGUCCUGCUUUUAUAAAAGAUUUGAAGCUCAAAACCAAGUUCAUUUGCUUAAUUCAAUCUCCAAGUCUUCCCAACUCUCUGCAUUAGAGUUGAUGUUUAUCUGAUGGAUAAGCACCUCCUCUUGCUCAAUGGCCACUACGGCGCGUCAAUAUCAUAAGGUCACAGAAACAUUUUCUUCAUAGAAAUUGCAUGUAUUAUAAUCAGUGAUGUUGAUGGUUCCAACUACGCUAGACUAGUUUUACUUUCUCUGAUUGAUAUUCUUCAGAUUAUAAUUGAUAAGAUAUUGGGACUAGACCAUGUGCAGUUGUUCUUGUCCAUGUGCAUUUGUUCUGUGCCAUAUCCAGCCUUCUUGUGUCGGCUGUUACCUAAGCAAGCAAGCCUUCAGGACCUACCUCAACUUGGUUGCACAAUCCGGUGAACCAGCCCCUUGCAUUAUGAAGUCCACGCUUAUUGGUCGAACCUUUCAUGUAUAAAGAAAGAAGAUAAAUAAGAAGUAACAACUGGACGUUGUAUUGAAGUGUGAAUUGAAUUCCAUAGUGGGAAAACGAAAGAAGGCUGCACGCCUGCAAACCUGGUGAAAUUCAGGAUUUGGUGGUCCAUGAUUUUUAUUUAUUUUUGUGCUUCCCUUUUCCCAUUUAUUUGGGUCAUUAUGAGUACAAUUCCUCGAUGCUUUUUGUAAAAGAGCUGUAGAAUAGGACCUGUUCAGCAAAACAUUUUUCUCGUAUCACACUCCCAACUACUUCCACAA